AUGCCUCCACGACGACAAGUGAAGCCUGCUGGCCCGCCUCCACCAAAACGGUCGAAGUUGGCCAGGCAGCAUAAUAUCAGCGUGGAGAAGGAAGCUGAGAUCCGGUCAGCAUGGCAAGCAUUCCGCACUUUGAAUGUGCCAGGCUAUGAGCAGGACAAGGAAGGCAUCAUGCGGACGGAAGAUGUGAGGAAGGCGUUCGCCGCACAAGGACUCAAACUCAAACCAUCCGAUCUUUCUGAAGCACUGGAAAUUCUUGACCCUGAAAGUGAGGGCAUUGUGACGUUUGAGCAGUUCUUUGAGGUCUCGGCCAUCUAUCAAGAUCAAAGGAGCGAAUCUGAUGACGAAGAUGGCUCGGACGUUGCAGAAGAGGCCGACCACGCACAGCAAGUUCAAAUUGAUGAAGCCUUCAAGCUCUUCACCAAAGGCGUUGACAGACCGAUUACGAUGCAGGAUCUACGAGAAGUGGCCAAAACUUUGAAGGAAGACGUGGAUGACAGCGUCCUCAAAGCCAUGAUACUGGAAGCCAACGGCAACAAAGGUGUGGGGAGUGGUGUGAGCCGAGACGAUUUCGCAGACGUUGCAGCCCGAGCGGGCGCGUUGAGAUAG